AUGGAAAAAUGCCCGAAGGAUUCAAAAAUGUCCUCUGAGAGACUUUGUGUCAAUGAUGAAGAAGGAGAUGAGAAUUCAAAACAUCGCUUCGAUUGUAAAAUUAACCGAAAGCGACUGGUGUCCAAACUAUUUUACCUGUUCUACUUCUCGGCUUUUGGAUCGCUGUGGCCUUAUCUAUCAUUGUAUUUUAAACAGUUGUUCCUAUCACCGCGACAGCUUGGUAUUCUUGUGGCAGUUCGGUCGCUUGUUCAGUUUGUUUUUACGCCUGUUUGGGGAGCCCUUGCGGAUCGCUUCAAUAAAAGUAAAUUUGUUUUAUUAUUAGGAUUGUCAGCUUGGCUAUUGUCAACAUUUUCAUUGGCAAUAAUACCGAUAGGAGAACAACCGAAAGCCUGUUAUGAGAUGAACUCUUUGUCUUUGUCAUUAUUCCAAAAUGGCUCUACUACACUGACUAACUUCACCGAGGUAAUAUCGCGAAAUCACCAAUCUAACGACGAAAUUGUUCAUGACCACACUCGCUCUUAUGAAUCUAUUUUUGGAACCAGCAAAUAUCUUCCGUGGGCCUUAAGCUUUUUCUCAAAUGACUACGAGCCUGAGAAGUCGACUAAACUCAAAGAGGACACUUUUCCGAAUCUACAAUAUUACCCAUCACCUGAGAAAAUAUCCGACUCCUCUCGAUUGUUCAUUUUCAUGGUUUGUGUUAUAGUAAUUGGACAGAUUUUUGCAUCACCGACGCAGUGUUUGGCAGAUACAGCCACUCUGCAGAUCCUCGCCGAAGAUAGCCGUGAAUACGGCAAGCAGGCUUUUUGGGGAUCAGUUGGUUAUGGUAUGACAGCUUUCAUCGUUGGUACAUCGAUAAGUGGACGGAGAACCCCUAAUCCUUGUAGCAAGGAAAUGGAUAUUAAUUAUAUUCCGUGUUUUUAUGUUUUUGGAGUUUUCAUGGUGACUGCAUUGAUCGUAGCAAGUCGUUUUAAAUUUAAGCCCGUUGAUCACACACAAUGCAAGGAAACAGCCAUAGGAGGACUAAGAGUGCUGAAGAAAUUUGAUUACGCGUUUUUUCUAUUCAUUGUAUUUUUUUGUGGCACAGCUUUUGGUUUUAUACAGACGUUUCUAUUUUGGCAUCUUCGCGAGUUAGGGGCCCAACAAAUACUGUUUGGACUGAUUAUUCUAUCCAACAGUACUGCAGAAGUAGUAGUAUAUCUACUGUCAGAGCGACUGUUACGAAACAUUGGACAUUUCCGGGUGAUGUACCUUGGACUCCUAUGCUACGCUCUGCGAUUCUUCUACUAUUCUUAUUGUAGCAGACCGUGGCUUUUUUUGCCUAUCGAAUUUAUUCAAGGUGUAACCACUGCAGCUGUUUGGUCCUCAUUUGUGUCUCAUGUUGGUGCGGAGCCUGGCGUGGCAACAACGCUUCAAGGUCUCGUUAAUGGAUUUUACACCGGUCUUGGUUACGCUAGUGGCGGUCUCUUGGGAGGUGUGAUGGUUCAUGAAUUUGGUACCAGCACUGCCUUUCUAGUCUUUGGAGAAUUAAGCUUGAUAGUCCUUUUCGUUUUCAUCAUAGUAAAUAAUGUUCGCCAAACAGAGAAGAGCAGUGAUAUAACUUUUAAAACCGUAUCCAAAGCAGAUGAAUUUGAAGAGUAG